UGGGGAGGAGGCGGCGCGCGGGGCUGGGGUGCAGGCGGGGACGCGGGGUGACGCUGCCCGGGGCCGCUGUACCACCCAGGGUUCUGCCGGCUUCAGGCACAGUCUGGCAGCACUUUCCUGCGAGUGCGGCGGGACACAUACAGGGAGGCUGGCAGCCCGCGGGCGCGCCGCGCUGGGGGGCCGAGGCCGGGGUCGGGGCCGGGGAGCCCCGAGAGCUGCCACAGCCGGGCCCCGGGGCCGCAGAGGGGCCAUGGCUGCCAGCGGCAUCACCUCGCUUCCCGCUCUGCCGGAGGACGGGGGCGCCGCCUUCCCGCCAGGCCACUUCAAGGACCCCAAGCGGCUCUACUGCAAGAACGGCGGCUUCUUCCUGCGCAUCCACCCGGACGGCCGCGUGGACGGCGUCCGCGAGAAGAGCGACCCACACGUCAAACUACAACUCCAAGCAGAAGAGAGAGGCGUUGUGUCUAUCAAAGGAGUGUGUGCAAACCGGUACCUGGCUAUGAAGGAAGAUGGGCGGCUGCUGGCUUCUAAAUGUGUUACAGAAGAGUGUUUCUUUUUUGAACGAUUGGAAUCUAAUAACUACAAUACUUACCGGUCAAGGAAAUACUCCAGUUGGUAUGUGGCACUGAAACGAACUGGGCAGUAUAAACUCGGAUCCAAAACGGGACCUGGACAGAAGGCCAUACUGUUUCUUCCGAUGUCUGCUAAGAGCUGAUUCAAUUUAGAAA